AUGAGCAGUUCAUCUAAUAAAGGUACAACAGAUGGACCCACUCCAAACAUAACUCUUCCAACUCAUCCUUUUUAUCCAACUAAUCUCAAGUUACCGACUUACAUAGAAUCAACAUACACAACAACACAACUUUUAUCAAUAUUUGUUGCAUUAGUCAUCACAGUUGUAACGGCCUCCUUGGUAAUAAUUAGAACAAAAUCUAAUGUAUCAACUAUAAAUAAGUUGUUAUUUGUUUGGUUUAUCAUAUGUGGGUUUAUUCAUUUGUUCUUGGAAGGGUAUUUCUCUUAUUUCCAUAAAGAAAUUGUUGGUGAUAAUAGUUUAAUGUCUCAGCUUUGGAAAGAGUAUGCGUUAUCCGAUUCAAGAUAUUUGACAUCUGAUCCUUUUGUUGUUAUUAUGGAAGGAAUUACUUCUAUGUUUUGGGGACCAUUAUCAUUUUUAACAUCAAUAGCAAUUUAUAAUAAUUGGCCAUCAAGAUACAUAUUACAGCUGAUAGUUUCGUUAGGUCAAAUAUAUGGCGAUGUUUUAUAUUAUUUUACUACACUGAUCAUCGGGUCACCACAUUCUAGACCUGAACCUAUUUACUUCUGGGGCUAUUUCUUUGCAAUUAAUUUCAUAUGGAUUAUUAUACCUGGAUUCUGUCUUUAUCAAAGUUUUGUACAUUUAAAUUUUGCAUUAAAAGAGGACUUGAAAAGAAAAAGUUGUGGAGAUGGUAUAUAUGUAGGUUCGAUUGUACUAACUACAAUUGGUCCUGUUGUAGAAGGGGUUAUGGUACCUGAUACGGGUGGUAUAUUUAGAACUGGGAUGGGAACACCUGAAGUAAAACUUAUUGACAAUGUGAAUUUGGUUUCCAUGCUAGUUGGAUUUGUUAUUCCCAGACAUAAUGUUUCUUUGGUGAGAAGUAAUGUUUUUAGUUCUUGUCGACAUCUUUGCACUGGUGCAUCGAAACAUGAUACAGCUUUGUAG